AUCACGAUAAAAUGAUGAGAGUUGACAAUAUUGCCGUUCUUGCCCUAGUGAACCUACAAUCUAAGGCCCUGAUCCUGAAAAUACUUGAGUAGGUACAUAACUUUGCAUCUGUUUAAGAGUUUGCCUGAUGGGGGCCUGAAUUCUUUUUGGAUUCUUUUAAGGGAGGAAGCCAAACAGAGUCACACCCCAUCCUAAAGUGUAAGAUCCAGGGCUGGCAGUAAUGCAUCCCUGCCCCAUGUGGGGUCAGAAAUCUCUUCAUUGCCCAAACAGGCCAAGGAAGCACUACUGAUUUCUUAGCCAUGGACACAAGUCCUCUCCCAGGCCCUUGUCCUGGGUGCUGGUCUCCAGCAGGGGGAAGCAGCCACCUUUUGCUGGCUCUAGGCAGGUGGAUAGUUUGGUUUCUGCCAAUAUCUGGGCCAGGUGCCUUCUGUUUGGCCAUAGUUUCUAACCGUUAGAUUAGCCCACUGCUAUCUUCUGGUUUUUGUUUGUUUGCAUCUUCCUCUGAAGCAUCUGGCACCGGCCACUGUUGGAGAAAGGCUCCUGGACUAGAUGGACCUUGGUUCUGAUUCCAUCUGGCAAUUCCUAUGUUCUCUUUGCUUUAUAGUGUAACCCCCCAAGAGAUUACAUAGAUUCCUGGAGCUCUGUCCGCUGGCAGCUCAGGGAGGAGGAGCCGAAGCAAACUCAGAGUCUGCCCAGCAACCAAUAGGGAGUGGAGAUGCCCCUCCCAGGUAGUUGAGGAGAGGGAGAAGCCAUAUUGAGGGAGGCUGGGGCGAGCCAGAAAAAAGGCCAAACUGGCUGUGUGGGGAGCUAUCACAGCCGAUCCAUCCACCAGGUCGCCUCCCUUUUCUCUCUCAGAAGGAGCACAGGCUUGAGUUCGCUGCGCUUCAUCCCUAACACAAGCCCCGCCGACGUCUCUCCUAGCUUGCCUUUCUACUCUGCAACACUCCUUCAGUUUCCUUGGCCAGCGACGUUGCCUGUGGAGAAAACAUGACGAUCAUCUUGUGCCCGGGGGGGUUCUGUGGCAUGUCCCCCAAGGUUGGGGCCACUGUAGCUGCUGUCUACAUGAUCCUAGUGACCAACAUGUACCUGACCUUCGAGAUUGGCCACUUGGAACGAGCAAUGACGGACAUGGCACAAAUCAAGCCCUUCAACUUGACCGAAGUGGGGAAGAUGCUACUGUAUUGCUACUAUACAGCCAUCACGCUGGCCGUCAUGAGCUACCCGGUGUGCGUCUUCCUCAUCUACUCAGUCCACAAGCGGCUCUACAUGGGCAUGUUCGCCUAUGUCGCAUGGAUCAUCUUCUAUGAUCUGGCUAACUGCCUCAUCGUGGCCGUGGCUUACCAGGUCUCCAAAGAAGCCUGGUUUUCCCUCAGCCCCCUGGAGUGGUUUGGGCUGGCCACCAGGAUCCCCAUGGAUUGCUUCUGGCUCGCCUUCGUUGUCACGUAUGCCCUGACGAUUAUUGAAAGCAAAGGGCAAGGAAGGAUGUCGCUCAGGAUGAGGCGGAUCUCUAGGAACGUGUCAGAACCGCCCAGGUUUAGGUUGGGCUCCACUGCUAGGCAAGGCAUGUGAGGGGAGGUAUCGGAGCAGUACGUUGGGCCCCUUUUUCGUAUAU